CUUUGCCAAUUUCUUCUUUUAACACACAAACCCUAAUUCCGUAUUUUUCAAUUUUCGUCAGUCACUCAUCCCAAAUUUUUCAUUUUCCAAUUUUCUUCUUAACACACCAACUUUAAUCCGAAGCUCCUUGCAUCUGGGUCUGGGUUUGCUGCUGCUGGAUUGCCAAAGAAGAAGAGCAAGAAUUCUACCCCAUCAUCAUCGAGCACUGUGUGAGCUGACAAAAAUGGCAAGUGUGCCUGCACAAAUUCCUACCAGCUUUGGCCAUGAGUUGAGGGCUUGUCUUCGUUGCCGCCUUGUCAAAACCUAUGAUCAGUUCAGAGAGUCAGGUUGUGAGAACUGCCAAUUCUUUAAGAUGGAAGAAGAUCAUGAGCGUGUUGUUGAUUGCACUACCCCCAAUUUUAAUGGGGUCAUUUCAGUUAUGGAUCCAACUCGGAGUUGGGCUGCUCGUUGGUUGCGCAUUGGAAAAUUUGUUCCCGGUGUUUACACUCUUGCUGUCUCUGAGGCUCUUCCAGAAGAGAUGCAGGCUAUAUGUGAAGACGAGCGUGUGCAAUAUGUCCCUCCCAAACGUUUGUGAAACACCUAAACAUGGGUUUUGUGUCAUCUUUAACGUAAUCGGAAUUGUGUGUCUCUGUUAAUGUAUAUUUUUAGUGCUGGUUGUGUUCUAAUGCAUGCUCAAAAUGACUUGUUAAAAACUUCUAGCUCUGAUGAAGAAAUAAACAGAUGACAUGUUAGUGUGUACUAAGACUCUGUUUGGAUCCUUUUUUUUAA